AAGUAAUUUCCGAAAACUUACUCGAAAAUAUAUCAAUAAUUUUUCUAGAUUUUUUAAUCAUGGAAACUAGAUCAAGAUCACAAAGAAUAGCUGACAUGGCCAGAUUAAUGAAUAAACCCGAGAUUAAACCUAACAAAAAAAAAACAUAAAAAUGGCUGACGUGGCCGAAUCAAGUAAACCCGAGAAUAAACCUAAUAAAAAAGACAUAACAAUUCUACAAAAUUUAAUUAUUACAGAAUCUACAAAAGGAACAAAUAAAUUUGAAAGAGAGGCAACUUUGCAAAGUGGUAAGGGACAUUUAUUUUAUAGUUCUCCUUCCUUAUUCACGUUUACACUGACAUUUAUGAUAUUAUAUUUAUGUUAGAUUCACAUUUUAGCUCAUUUAAACAAUUAAGAACUUAAGUUUUUUGCCUAAAUGAGCUAAAAUCUUAAUAAUUAAUACACCACGUAUAUCGUUUAUCGUUAAAAUAUUUGAUGCAUUUUUUUAAAAUUAACAUUAUUUUGUUUAUAAAAAUAAUACCUAACAGAAAAUUAUAAAAUAUUUAAUAUAUACUUCUUAGGACACAUCCUUAUUACAAACAAUGAAAAUAUUUGUUUGGAAAAAGUUAUUACCAGCCAAUCGGAAAUGCAAAUUUUGAGUGAGCUUGUUCCUAAAAGUCGACCACAGCCUAUUGGAACUAUAAUUAAAGACCCGGAACCUAAAACCUUUGAAGAACUCAAGAACUCAAAUGACUAUUCAGAACCCAUUGUGACUCCCACAAAAACUAAAAGCUUGGAAGAUAGUUCUUUGGUUUCUAUACAACCUGAAAUACAAGUUUUGAGUGAGCUUCUUGGUCCUGAGGAUAACCCACAGUCUGUUGGCACUAUAAUUGAAGAAUCGGAUCCAGAAAGUGUUGAAGAAGUUCAGAACUCGAAUGGAUAUUUCAAACCAAUUGCAGCGCUAACGAAAACGAAAAGCUGGGAAGAUAGUUUUUUGGACGAAGUUGUUCCUAUCCAACCAGCAAUACAAGUUUCGAGUGAUCUUCUUGGUCCUGAUGAUAACCCACAGUCUGUUGGUAGUAUAAUUGAAGACUUGGAUUCAAAAAAUGUUAAAAAACUCAAUAAAUCAAAUGAGUAUUUCAAACCAAUUGCAGUGGUUUCUCCCAGGAAAACUAAAAGUUGGGAAACAGUUGUUCCUAUCCAACCAGCAACACAAAUUUUAAGUGAGCUUUUUCCUGAGGAUAACCCACAGUCUGAUGCAACUAUAAUUGAAGACUCGGAUCCAGAAAGUGUUGAAGAACCAUAUCAAGAUUCCGGAAGUGAGUUUCAGCCGUCUAAUGAGGAAUCAUCGGAUAGUGAUAAUGAGAUGUCAGACCAAAGGUUAAAUCACCUUACAAAAAAAAACAAGGUAAAUACUGUCGUUUUAGAGGCUGAGCAUCAUGAUCCUACAAAUGAUGACUUGUGUGACGAUGAAGAAUUAGCCCGAGAUGAAGCGUCGCCAAAAAAUGUUAUGAUUAAAAGUGCUGUAAAACUUGAUGGUAAACGAAUCAGAAAUAAGGGUCAUUCAUGCUUUUUUUGUCAGAAAAUAGUAAUCAACAAUUUGGCUCGACAUUUUGAAUUAAAACAUAACGAAGAAACAGAGGUUGCAAAAAUAUUGGCAAAACCAAAAAAAUCCAAAGAAAGACGAGAUGCAUUUUUAGCUUUAAGCAGAAAUGGCGACUUUUAUCAUAAUUGCGAGACACUUUCCCUAAAAAAGGAAGAACUUAUUUUGACAAGAAGACCCACUCCAGAUGAGAUAAAAUUUAGUUCUUAUACUGACUAUGGACCAUGCCCUGAAUGCUUAGGUUUCAUGUUAAAAAGACACAUCUGGCAUCAUUUAAAAUACUCAUGUCAAUCGAAAGAGGAGACAGUUGACGAGAACAAUGAUUUAUUAAAAAGCGGUAAGAAGAUGCCAAUAGCCGAAAGUAAUGCCUUAUUAAAUGGAAUAUUGGGGAAAGAUGUGACAGUUGAGUUUACGAACAACAUUAUAAAUAAAUUUAAAAAUGAUUCGAUUUCAAAUGUAUGUAAAGAUGAUCAAACUAUUCUAAAAUUUGGAUCUUUCUUGUUUGAAAAGUACGACAUUACACAAAGCGAAUUGAUUAGGCAGUCGAUGCGGCAACUUGGGAGAUUAACUUUGCAACUAAUAGAAAAAUGUUUAGGAGACGCUCUUAAACCUGAAAAAUUUGACGCAAUUAUUAAGGCAACAAAACAGCUCUGUGUUGAAACUAAGGAAGUUGCAAAACGUCCAGAAUUUGGUGUACCAUCACUUUGAAGAUAGGAUAUGCUUUACGAAAGUGUAUUUCAAUUGAAAGAGGACAAGCAUUAAGAAGAGGAAACUUAAGAGCGAAUAAAAUAUAUCUGUCGUUUUUAACAUUACUUGAUUUGGAAUGGAGUGUACGAAUCUCUUCAAAUGCAUUAGCAAAUAUGUACACCAGAAAAAAGACAGCUACAGAUUUGCUUCCAAUUACAAGCGAUUUAGUAAAACUAAGCAACUUUAUAGACGA